GGGUUAGGAUUUUCAUAAGGCGAAUUGAGAGUUUACCUUUCGUGAGAGAGCUUGUCUUUUAGCCUUUGUUCGUCUGAAACAUGGCGAAUUUUGCCAAACCGGAGAAUGCAUUGAAGCGUGCUGAUGAAUUGAUCAAUGUUGGACAGAAACAAGAUGCCCUUCAGGCGCUUCAUGAUCUCAUUACUUCCAAGAGAUACAGAGCUUGGCAGAAACCUCUUGAAAAGAUCAUGUUUAAGUAUCUUGAUCUUUGUGUUGACUUGAAGAGAGGUCGAUUCGCCAAGGAUGGAUUGAUCCAGUAUCGUAUUGUUUGCCAGCAAGUGAAUGUCAGUUCCUUGGAGGAAGUUAUCAAGCACUUCCUUCAUCUUGCUACCGAGAAAGCUGAGCAAGCUCGUUCUCAGGCCGAUGCUCUUGAGGAGGCCCUUGAUGUCGAUGACCUUGAAGCUGAUAGAAAGCCUGAGGAUUUGCAGCUGAGUAUUGUCAGUGGGGAGAAGGGGAAAGAUAGAUCUGACCGUGAGUUGGUCACCCCAUGGUUCAAGUUCUUGUGGGAGACAUACAGGACAGUCCUCGAGAUAUUGCGAAACAACUCAAAGUUGGAAGCUCUUUAUGCGGUUAGUUUUUGUUGAGGUUAAGCUUAUUGC